CAUUGAGAACAUGCGCUCCGCUCAUUUCAUUUUAUUUUUUACCUUACAAAUGCAGGUAUUCGGAAUCUUCUUUCAGUCACGUUUUGCUAAAAGGUUUGAGUCGCAUCCCACAAAUGGAUCUCGUGAAAUUUCACUACCCGAUCCAAAAGGGGGCAGCAGGAUUGGACAUCUGAGAAGGGCGGCGAGGUUGGGAAAUGUGACUCAAGAAAAUCCAAACGAACUUUUGCGUAUAAGCUUGCAGAACAAUGGUAAGAUCUCCAACCCAGCCGUGAGUUUAGCUCACAGGUCAUCCUCUACAAACGCGAAAGGAUUCUGGAAUCAGUUCAUGUUUCGUGGAAAAUCAGACUUCAGAUUCGUGCUGCCAAUUAGGAACGUCGAGGUCCGUCAAGAGAAGUGUCGCGCGCUCACUUUCUCCCAGAGGAUCUUCCAUGAAAACUGUGAAACGUUGGAGCUCCAGAACAACGUGUGUUUCGGAAAAUGUUACACGGCGUCCUCUAGUGGGGAUGAAGGAGGCUUAUUUCCUUGUUCUGUCUGCUCACCGGUUAUCAUCACUUCCAAGACUGUGAAACUAAAAUGCACUGACAACACAGAAAUGAUCAAAAUUGUAAAAAUAAUAGAGGACUGUCAAUGCAAAACAAAAGAAGGACAACAUUCACAUCAAAACGGUCCCGUGCUGGUUGAUCCAAGCAUUCAUCAGUACCCUCGAAAGCGAUAAAAUAAUAAUUAAUGAUGACAUUUAUUGCCUAUUAUUUUGCUCUAGUCAGUGUGCAUGCAGUGGGUGAAUACAGAAAGUUACUAUCAUAGCUAGAACAAAA